AUGAAAUAUUUAUUAAUAUUAAUUUUAAUAAAUUUCCUGUUAAAUAAUGAAAUUAAAGCACUUGGUUUAAAUGAUUACGACUCUUUUGAUCUUGCUGAAAAUGAAAUAGAAAUUAAAAAAACUCCCGAGGAACUAGUCGAAGAAAUCACAAAUAGAUUCGACAAAUUAGCGGAAACUAGUGUUGAUUAUGCUGAAAAAUUAAAAUUAAUCAAGGAAACAAGCGCAGCGUUCUUAAAAUUAGCAAUUCCGUUUGGAGCCUUAUUGACUGCCUCAUUAGAUAUUACAGGCAAGACAGAGUCAGAUGAAUAUAAGGCUCUCAAAAAAAUGAAUAAUCAUAUGGUAUAUCAAUUCGAUCGACUUACAGAACGCAUUACUUAUUCUUUCGAAGCCGAAGAAAUGGAUACAGAGUUAAGGGAGUUUGAUAAUUUUAUAACUCUACAAUUAAAUGUACUUGCCAAGGAAGUUCUCUACUUUACAGACCCUUCAAUAGCAAAAACUAAUGAAGCUAUAAUUGAUCUUUUAAGUUAUUGCCGUGGUUCUAAUGGGAUCGUAAAAAUGGCUGAGGUAUAUUUUCAUUACUUCAUUUUUGGAAACAAGCAUAAAUAUACAUAUGUGAUAAAUAAGGCACGGAUUUAUAUGGAUUUACUUAUUUUUAGAUACUAUGUUUUGAAGGAAGGAUCUCAAAUUUAG